AUGGUUCAUGGGUUGCCUCAUUUGGAGAAAACUUCUGUUGUGUGUGAAGGUUGCAUACUAGGAAAGCAACAUAGAGAUUCUUUUCCAUCAAAAUCUACUUGGAGAGCUAAAUUUCCAUUGGAAUUGGUUCACACGGACAUCUGUGGACCAAUGCAAAUUGAAUCUAUCUCAGGAAAUAGAUACUUUCUGUUGUUCACAAACGAUUGCACCAGAAUGACAUGCGUAUACUUUAUCAGGAACAAGUCAAAUGCAUUUGAAUGUUUCAAGAAGUUCAAAGCUAUGACUGAACGACAAUGUGGAUAUAUGAAUGGAGUGGCUAAGAGGAAGAAUAGAACGGUGGUGGAAAUGGCAAAAUCCAUGCUGCAUGAAAAAGGUCUUCCUUACAAGUUUUGGGCAGAGGCUGUGAACACUGCAGUCUACAUACUUAAUAGAUGUCCCUCAAAGUCUCUCAAGAAGGUAACUCCAUUUGAAGCAUACACUGGCAGAAAACCAGGUAUUGCACAUCUGAAGAUUUUUGGAUCACUAUGCUAUGUACACGUCCCUUCAACACUAAGGCAUAUCUUUGUGGGUUAUGGACUCUGUGAAAAAAGGUACAAGGUGUUUGAUCCAAGUUCCAGUAAGAUCAUCUUGUCCAGAGAUGUACUCUUUGAUGAGAAUGCUUCAUGGAAGUGGGAGAACACUGAUAAAAGUGAAAUGAGAGUCCCAAUGUUUGCUGAGAAUCAAAUGGCAAGCUGCAGUGAAGGACAUAAGCAAUUUGAAAGUGAGGAUAUGGUUGAAAACUCUCAAGCAAUUGAUCACACACCACAGAAAUGGAGAAGCAUCAAUGAGAUCAUGGCUCAGUGUAACAUGUGCAUUGUAGAACCUGAGAGCUAUGAAGAAGCUGCUCUAGAUGAGUCAUGA